GCGCUGAUCAUCAUCACAGGGGCUGCACAGCCAUUUCACGCAUCAUUGAGCGAACAAACAAACAGAGGUGCGACCAGGCCCGCUUAACGUAACAACCGAACGGCAGAUCAACACAUCCAUGAAGAGACGUACAAGGAAUGUUUUUGCUCUCAUUCCCUCCCCCAAGCAGUAAGGAAGCAGAGCCAAGCUGAGAUUCCUCGGUGUCAGACAUGUGUAUUAGAUUGCAUCCUGAGGCAGUGCACCUGGGUGCUGCUGUUGACACAACUGUCAUCCGUGCUGACAAUAUUUAUGGUCACUUCAGGGUGACCACAGAUGUGUGGACGUCUUCUGCAUUUGUCUGGGAUGUUUAGUUCAUCUGAUUGUGGAGCUGGCAGGACUUUGUCUUGUUCUCCCAGAACAAUACAAUACUCCUAAUACACACAGAAAAACACAGAGACUGGAAGCUUUCUUUUUUUUCUCCUCCUGCAUAAAGACCAUAAGCGGAGGCCAUCCACAUCAGAUCUGCUUUAAUAUCAACAGAUCUUCAAUUAAGGUACGUGAAUCUUUUCAUCAUGGCACACCUUCAGCCUGUUCAGUGUGCUGAGUGCAGGAUGUUUAGUCAUUCUUCCUCUGUUGCUAGCGAUAGCUUUAUUUGUGAUAAGUGCAGAUUAGUUAGCUCUCUGACGGAGAAGAUUAUAGUGUUAGAAGCACGUAUCCAUGCUUUAGAGAAGGUCAAUGAGAAUGAGAACGGUGUAGUUUCUGUAGGGGAAAGUCUGGAUGCCCGAGGUGGAGUUAGCAAUCCCCCAACUCCGGCAUUAGAGCCCUUACAGCGGGGCGAAUGGGUGACGACUCAGCGGCAUAAGCAUAGAGCCAAAGCUACCACUGAGGCUCGCCCACGGGAGCACCACUCCUCUCCGCGUCACGUGUCAAACAGGUUUGCUCUCCUUAGUGAUGCAACCACUGAGAAGCCUGAAAGAGCUCUGGUUAUAGGGGACUCUAUCAUACGGCAUGUGAAAUUAGCUCAGCCUUUAGGGGCACCAGCAGCUUUAGUCAGGUGUAUACUGGGAGCCAGGGUGCCGGACAUAGGAGGUAAUCUUAGGGUCCUAGGCAAGCACAGGUUCUCAAAGAUAGUUAUCCAUGCAGGAGCUAAUGAUAUACGCCUUCGUCAGUCUGAGGUUACUAAGAGUAACUUUGUAGAGGUGUUUAAAUUAGGGAAGGCAAUGUCCGAUGCUGUAGUAUGCUCUGGCCCCAUCCCAAUGCGGCGUGGCAAUGUAGCUUACAGCAGGUUAUGGUCGCUGAACUGCUGGUUGUCCAGGUGGUGCUCUGAAAACAGUGUGGGCUUUAUAGAUAAUUGGGCUAAUUUUGAGGGCACUGCUGGCCUGUUAGGGCGGGACCGUAUCCAUCCCACUCGGGAAGGUGCUGCUCUCAUUUCCUGCAGCAUAGGUCAUAGUCUCAGAACAGGCCUAGUUAAUUUCUGACAAUCCAGAGCCAAGGCCAGGGAGCAGACGAACAGGCUAAACCAACUGUCCACUAACUGCACAGAGUCGUCACUCAGGGUCCACUACAUCGAGACUGUGUCUGUUCCCCGAGCUCAACAAAAAAGUAGAAAUAUUCAGAGAGUUUGUUCCAGUAACCUAAUCAAUAUAAAAUCAGAUUAUACUGACUGUACAGCAGCUGCCAGCACCUUUGAUCUAAAGGUGGGGCUAUUAAAUAUUAGAUCUCUUACAUCUAAAGCGCUAAUGGUUAAUGAACUCAUUACUGAUCAGGAUUUUAAUGUACUUUGUUUAACUGAAACAUGGAUUAAGCCAAAUGAAUAUAUAGCAUUAAAUGGAGCUAGUCCUCCUGGAUACAGUUAUAUACACCAGCCUUGUCUAACUGGCAGAGGAGGAGGCAUUGCGGUUAUUUAUAAUGAUUAUCUAGUGUAACACAAAAACCUAGUUAUAAAUUUAAUACAUUUGAAGUUCUUCAUACUAAUAUAAUGUAUGUAGCCUCAAAAAAUAGGUCUACGCAGUUAAUUCCGUUAUUUAUUAUUUACAGGCCCCCGGGGCUAUAUUCUGAGUUUCUUUCUGAAUUUGCAGAUUUUAUCUCAGGUCUGGUUAUUUCCUUAGACGAAGCUUUAGUUGUCGGAGAUUUUAAUAUUCACUUCGAUAACCCAGAAGACCCUUUGAAAACAGCGUUUGUGUCUAUUUUAGAUUCAGUAGGGAUUAAUCAGAAUGUCAUAGGACCAACCCAUAAUGAUGGUCACACCCUCGAUCUAAAACUAACAUUCAGGUUAAACGUAGAAAAUAUAGUCAUACUUCCACAGUCUGAAGUUAUCUCAGAUCAUUAUCUCAUCUCAUUCAAACUAUGUCUGAGUAAUAAUAUAUGCACCUCACCACGCUACUGUAUUAAAUGUACAUUCACGUCAACUACUGCACAGAGCUUUAUAAAUGAUCUCCCAGAGUUAACUUUGAUUGGGUCACUGUCAGCCCCUGCAGAACUUGACCAGGCAACUGAAUGCUUAGUCAACAUAACGUCUUUUCUUCUCACUUUCCGUUACUGUAGUCAGUCUUUCAUGUUUCAUUCGCAUGCUCACAUCCUCCCCUGCUUGUACUCAGUGCAAUAUGUAUACUGUUCCUACUUACAGUAUUGAGGUGACAUUGGGCAUACCUAACAACCUGUGUUUUCUCUCUCUCUCUCUCUCUCUCUCUCCCCCCCCAAAAUAUGUCCGUCUGAGUUACAUGUUGGUCCUGGGAUCGAGAUGCUGACCUCUUCUGCUCCUCGGACCUGCCUGAUCCAUCCUGGUGCCCUGUGUCUGGUUGGAGUCUCAUCAUAUCACUCCUGUGGAGGAUGGCCCCAUGUGGACAGUUGAAAUUCACACCUGGAGGACGCUCUGGACUCUUAUGGUUUUGUAGUGGAAAACGUGAGCAGUUUUCUCCUCUUCAGAAUGAAGCUGUGUCUUCUUGAUUGAAGUUUAUAUAGGAAGGUCAGUGGUUGCUGCCUCGGGGCCGUGGGAUUCCUUCAGGUGCUAUAUAUCAACCCAGAGCAAUAAAUGCCACUGGCUGUAUUUCUCAGGACAAAGGCAGGUGUCUUCUCAUCUCUGGUAAAGAUGAAUGUGUGGUUCAUGGAUAAGGUGAGUCUCAAAAUCAAUGAAAAAGGGGGAAAGAUAGUAGAAUGCCAUACAUAAUAUACAUGUCUUACAAAGAUGCUUUAAGAUGUGUAGGAUUUAUGUUUCACCUGAGAAGAGGCUCAGUGAUGCAACCUAAUAACUUCCUUAGUAUUAACUCAUCCCCUUUUGUCCAGAUGUGCAAAAGCAAGUGCAUAUCUGCAAUAAGAAUGAUUUUAUUAUUUUUUAAUUUUUUUAUUUUUGUAAAUGUCUGUAUAGCACUUUUAAAGUUUUUAAAUGAUCACACCAUGGGGUGUGCUGUUGUAAG